AUGGGCUCUCCUGAUGAUAAUGGCUAUAAUCAUACUGAUGAAAAAAGAACCAAAGAAUCCGCUACUGAAGCGGCUGAGGAUCGUGGACAUUGGGGUCAUAAAAUGGAUUUCAUGUUGUCUUGUAUCGGUUAUGCAGUUGGUCUAGGAAAUGUUUGGCGAUUUCCCUAUCUGUGUGCCAGUAGUGGUGGAGGUGCAUUUUUGAUUCCCUACUGUAUUAUGUUGGUUUUGGUGGGCAUUCCUUUAUUUAUCUUGGAAUUGACAAUUGGUCAAUACACUCAGGAAGGACCUUUGCAAGUUUGGGAAAACUUAUUUCCUGUUUUGAAAGGUGUCGGCUAUGCAAUGUGUGUAUGCUCAUUUGGAGUUGCAAUUUAUUACAACGUUAUCAUUGCUUGGUGCUACUACUUCGUAUUUGCAUCCAUGCAAGAUCCACUACCUUGGUCAAAAUGCAAUCAAACGUGGAAUGAUGCAAAAUGCUAUGAACGAGUUCGAAUUUGUGAUAGCAACGAUUCAGUAACUACUGUAGCUACAACUGUUGCUGCUACUGUGACUGGUGCUGCCAAACAGGUCAUUCCUUGUGUUUCCAAUACGACCAAGGUUGAGACACCAAGUGAACAGUACUGGAAUCAUCAUGUUUUGGAAAUUUCCAACGGCAUUGGCGAACUAGGAACAGUACGAUGGCAUUUGGCGUUGUGUUUGCUCCUAGCUUGGAUUGUUAUUUAUUUCUGCGUAUUCAAAGGUGUUAAAUCCUCUGGCAAGGUUGUAUACUUUACCGCUACGUUUCCUUAUGUUGUUUUGGUUAUUUUACUUAUUCGCGGUGUAACCUUGGAGGGUCAUCUGGAUGGUAUAAGGUUUUAUUUAACUCCAGAUUGGAGUAAGUUAAGUGAUGCGAAAGUGUGGGCCGAUGCUACUACACAAAUCUUUUUCUCGCUCAGUGUUGGAUUUGGUGGUUUGAUCACCAUGGCAAGCUACAAUCAAUUCUACAACAACUGCUUCAGGGAUUCUAUUACCGUUGCCUUAAUAAACUGCAGUACCAGUUUUUUCGCCGGUUUUGUAAUAUUUUCCGUUGUUGGAUACAUGGCACAUACUGCUGGAAGACCGGUUGCCGAAGUUGCUGAUCAAGGUGUCAGCUUGGCUUUCAUAGUUUAUCCAGCAGCCGUUGCGGCAAUGCCUGUUUCGCAGCUAUGGUCAAUAAUCUUCUUCUUCAUGUUAAUUACUUUGGGUAUGGAUAGCCAGUUUGCGUUUAUGGAAACUAUUAUUACUGCUGCUGUAGAUGAGUAUCCAAAACAGUUGCGUGAAAAAAAAUGGUUUAUUUGUAUUAUUGGAUGCGGAUUUUUGUAUCUUCUUGGAUUCCCUUGCAUUUGUCAGGGUGGUGCAUAUGUAGUACAGCUGCUGGAUGAUUAUGUUGCCGGAAUAUCUUUACUUUUCCUAGUAAUUUGUGAAUGUAUCGCUUGUGGUUGGGGAUACGGCAACGGUCGUAUUGGACGUGAUCUAAAGCGAAUGAUCGGAUAUCAACCAUGGUUUUAUCAUUGGUUUUUAUUCUGCUGGAAAUACAUUUCCCCCGCUACUUUAAUGUUUGUAGUUGUUUUUAAAUUCGUUGAUUAUGGUCCAAUCAAAUACGGAACCUACAUAUUCCCAAAAUGGUCAGAAAUUAUCGCCUGGUUUGUUGCCUUGUGCUCAAUGCUGUGCAUUCCUGGAGUCGCAAUCUAUAAGAUUGUAAAGGCCCCAGGCGAUACAUUUGCAGAAAAAUGGCGGGUUGUUUCAACGCCUCGAGAUGAUAAAUAUGGUGAUUUAAUGGAAAGUGCAAUGGAACUUAAAUCUCGUGAAAUGGAUAACGUUGCCUAGAAAAAAUCAAGGGCUAAGGAUGGCAAUUAUGAUAUAAUCACUCAUAUAUCGUACACUUAAUUAUACGAAAAUCUUAAAAAAGAUUUUUAUGCGUAAGCAUAAUAUAUAUGUUUAUAAAUAUACCGAGAGUACGUAUAUACUGUGUAUGUAUGUAUGUAUUUGUGUGAAUUAAUUCAUAAAGAUAAAUUAAAAAUACUCUACUUCAAAUACUUUGCCCAAAUAAAACUUUUUAAAUGUUUAAGUUAGCAAAUUAGAGUAAUAGCUACCACCUUUAGUGUAUGGUUAAUAUCGCUUAAUAUAAUAUUUAAUAACCUAUAUUCGUCAAUAUCAAGAUUGUUCCCGAUGGUGAUAUUGUACGGACUUUGAAAAUUGUCGCAUGGUUUACACAGUUAAUUAUAUAUUAAUUGCCUAUACUUCUGUUAUCGACACAUAACGCUGUAAUAAAGUCUCGCCAGUCAUCACUUU